AUGGCGUUGGGCUGGUGUUCCAGUAUUCCCAAUUUCACCGAAUUCUAUUCCGAGGAUGUCAAUAAAGGAAUGGAAUGUAUCCGUUUACUCAACGAAAUCAUCGUGGAUUUUAAUGAGCUCCUUGACGAAAGUCGUUUUGCUUCAAUUGAAAAAAUCAAAACUAUUGGCUCGACCUACAUGGCCGUCUCUGGGCUGGAUCCGGUCCAAAAAACAGCCACGAAUGGAAACGAAGACGAAUAUUUGCACCUAACAGCCCUGACAGAUUUUGCGUUGGCGAUGAAAGAUCGUCUGGACGAAGUGAAUCGCCAUUCGUUUAACAACUUUCAACUAAGAGUCGGUAUAGGUGUGGGGCAAGUUGUGGGCGGAGUCAUUGGAGCUCGCAAGCCAGUGUUCGACGUCUGGGGCAAUACGGUUAACGAAGCGGCCUCGCGCAUGGACUUGACUGGUCAAAUGGGUCGAAUUCAAGUCACGCGCGACGUUUAUCAGAUUCUGUCAGAAAGGGGUUAUCGAUUGCAGCCUCGCGGUCUUGUCCAAGUCAAGGGCAAAGGAGAAAUGCAGACUUAUCUCGUGGUGGGAAAAGAAAUGGGCUCCCCGAAAGGAGUCCAUCGACAGCCAUCAAGCCGCAGUUCAUUGGCCGUUGUCGUCUACGGAAUGGUUCGUGCCAGAAGGCGCUAAACAACUGCAAGAAGUCCUUACAUCAGCAGCAGCGGCCGGUAUAACAGUUGCAUAGGACUUCAACUCGGCGUGCGGCUGUCACUUCAACGUCGAGAACUUUUGCUGCUCAAGGAAUCCUUGAUCGUUUGAGGGCUUUCUCCAGUGUCCGCCGGCAACCAACCAUACGUAAUCCAACUAAUUCACCUGUGGAAAUCAAUCAAAAUUGCAGCGGAAAUUUAGGCCAUUCGACAGCCAAACAGGGAAUCUUCUCCGUCGAAACUCCGUCAAGCCGCAAUAAUGGGCAAGAUCCUAAUAAUCUUCCAGUUCCAAAUAGGCCCAUCAUCAUUUCGUCACGCCAUCCGCUACAGAUCUUCAGGUCAUAAGUCAUAUUAUGUCAUGCUAAAGUUUAAUACCGUACAAGAACAUGAUGUAGACGAUAACGACGAGGAAAGUUAUUUGCCACACGGUGAAGAUUCCUCUCUUCAUCCUUAAUUAUCCAAUAUUUGUGAGUACGCCUGUACCCAUCUAUCUGUCCUACAUCGCAUAUGAAUCAAACCUGUUUCAAAUGCACAGAGAUUCAAAAAUUCAUCCAUGUUAUAUCGUGUGAAAAUUUUGUAAAUUGUGAAUGUUAACAAUGAAAAAACUGAU